CCCUCCCUUUCUCCCGGUUCACUCCUGUGCAGCGUUUCAUACUUCAUAAGUAAAUAUGCGAAUUCACACUGCGACUUGUGCGUGUCAGUGAGCGGAUAGUGAGCAUGCGGGCUUCCCUCAGCCUGUCCCGGCUGCUCCGGAUCAUAUAACCGCAGCUUCCCCCCCAGCAGGUAUGGCUUUGUCUGCAGGCCUCAACGCAGCAUGAAGACAUCUGAUCCCGGGGCAGGAUCUCCAGUCAGCAGACAGUGAAGACUAGUCGCCACUAUGCGAUGUGUGUAAGGGACCAGUGGCGGUGUUGUGGACCCAGGCGGGAUGCUGCGGCUGACGGCUGGUCAGUAUGACUUUGCUGGACUUGUGGCUGUCGCGCUCUAUCCCCAUGUGCCUGCUCCUACAGAGCCUAGUCCUCAUGGCCCUGUGCUUCCCCUCGGCCAGCAUGUGUCCAAAGGGCUGCAUCUGCCAACGUGACCCCCACCUCCACGGCCUCAACGUUACCUGCAGUCAGUCCCGCCUCAAAGAGAUCCCCUCCAGUCUUCCGGUCGACACCGUCCUGCUGAGGCUGGACCACAACCAAAUAGGCACAGUGCCCGAUCAAGCCUUCCACGGACUCCGGCUUUUGAGGGAGCUCAACCUUUCAUACAAUGCGGUAGAAACAUUAGGGGAAGGGGCCUUCAGCGGCAUAGAGGCGACGUUACAGGUGCUGGACCUCUCCCACAACCGCAUCACUAGCGUACACAAGGAUGCCUUCGCUCGGCUCAAGGCCCGCGUCAUUGUGGACGAUAACCCCUGGCAUUGUGACUGUGCCCUCCAGCAAGCCAUCGGCGGGAUGGCCCACAACCACGAGGCUGCCGCCAGGGUCCUCUGCCGGAGCUCGGAACUUCGUGACCAAGAGGGUCGACCUUUCUUGGCGGUCGACACCGACCUCUGUACCCUAGCCAAAAGGACCACAGACUACGCCAUGCUGGUGACCAUGUUCGGUUGGUUCGCCAUGGUCAUCUCAUAUGUAGUGUAUUAUGUCCGUCAGAACCAGGAGGACGCCCGGCGCCACCUGGAGUACCUCAAGUCGCUCCCGAGCAAGCCCAAGAAACCUGACGAGGCUGACGACAUAAGCACUGUUGUCUGACGGCAGUGUCAUAGUGACUGUGUCCCACACAAACCUCACAAACACCACAAUGUUUUAGGACCCACAUUUCUAGCGUAUACUAUUUAAAACUUUUAGGUGAUGUGAGCUUCCAAUCUGCUGAGAAAUCUUUGUAUUUUGGAAGUUCUGUUGUAUGUACCGGCGUUUUGUUCAUGACUGAUCUGAGAUGAGAUGAGUAGCGGGGCCACAGAGUCUAAAAGUCUAAUACCAACAUUGUUUUUUCUACAAAAGUUGCAUACGGAGCUUUGAAAAAUUUUAAUCUCAGGUUUAAACAUUUACGUGAUAAUGGCUUUUUAAGAUGAAAAUUUGGAAUAUCUGAUAAAAAAAAAAAAUAUUUAUAAGAUGUGACACCUGAAACUUAAUUUCCUUGAGCCCUCAUUUUGGUGUCUCAAAGCCCACAAUAUAUGUACGUUGAGUUUUGCAAACACUUGCUAAACCAACUGCAUCUUUCAUAACCCUUAAAAUAUAUGUAAAUUAUAACAUUUACAUUGACAGUUCUGCCCAGAAAUGUCAGUAAUUCUUAAGCCAUGGUCUGCUUAUGGAGACUAUUUGAUCUGUACAUAUACAGUAUGUCAUUUUUGAUCAUUAAAGCCUUGGAUAUGGGGUAUGCAGAUAUGAGGUCUUAUCUCCCUGCUUGCCUUGAGCUGUGGCGUCCUGUUUUUAAAUAGACAAAGACAAAUUGGCGCUCACUGAAGCAUUUAGUAAACCAUGUGGUAACAACAGAGAAUACUAGAAACUAUGGAAGCCCAUUUAUGUCAAGAAAAGAAACAAAUGAAGGGUCAGGAACGAUUAAAAUUUUUUAAAAAAAAUCACUAAAAAUUAUAAAAUUAUAGGGAGACAUUAGGAGUUAUUAGAUGAGAUUUAUGUGAUAUUACCACAAAUUAUCAAAAUUACUUUAAAAGAUAGAGCGAGAUGGCGCUAGCUUUUACUAGCUUGUCAGUGUUACCUGCUAGGUCACCAUUACAAGUUAGGUUAAAUUAGUUUAGAGCCAGUAGUCUCGGUUGUUUGGAGACCACAGGUUCUAAUCUGAAAAUUCAGGGUUACAGUUCUGGCACAAACAUCACCCAAAACGUAUAAAGAAUCAGGUAUUACAACUUGGUCCCAGUGGUUUAACUCCUCACCUUGCUGUACACCCGGGUGAGUCAGCACAACAUGAUAUCACUGUUGGGUGUUGUUAUAGUUGCAACAAAGCACACUUCUGACCAGACCCAACAGUGUGGUCAGAGGGGAAACAGGCUUGACACUUUCAGAAAAAUAGAAGACAUCAUAGCGGUGUCCCGGUUCAGCAUCAGUCUCCUCUUGAGUCUUCAAUUUGAGACCAAAUCAUUGCAGGUCAACAAAGCAUGUCCUAUUCCAAAGGUUCCUCCAGAUUAAGCCUAGAGAUUUCUUGGCCAUUACAUUUUUUUUUUUACCAGUAUUUGGUGGAAGGCUAGUCUAUUCUUUGCCUUCUACAGAACCCCCCCCCCCCCCCCCCCCCCCCCCUUACAGUCUUACAUUACAGUUUGGUCUAUUCAAAAUACAGUACAAGCAUUAUUUUGGGCUGCAGACUGGCCAUUCAGCUUGGACAUGUGCAUUUACAUUUUAUUUCUAGCACAUUUAUGCCACUUAAUAAAAAGUGAAUGGUAUCUAAUACAUUCAUUGGUUUUGAAUAUGUUUUCUGGUUAUCUGAAUUACUAUGGCAGGAAACUACAGUGUAUGUCUGGUGAAGGAUUCUAAUUGAUAAAGAUUCUGAAUGUUAAGGGAUAUCGAAUAGUAGAUAUUUGAUAGCAUUUUGAAAAAAGGCGCCCCAAAUUUGAAUUUAAAAUUCUGCCAAACGGUUCAUUCUUGACCUUGGGAAUAGUUUCCACAAAAUAAUCCUUAGUCACAGUCCAACUAGCUUUUCCCUUAGAAUUUUCCCUAAUUUCCAGCCGUCAUCAGCUGAUGGAGUGUGUUCAUUGAGUUGGCUAACUUGAACUGGAACUUGGAUCAUGUGACAAAAGAUGAGAUACCCAACAUAGGACCAGGAUGAUCAUUGCUAAAUUAAUGGGGACCGCCAGAAGCAUCCCAGUGGAACCUAGGCUGCUAGAACAUAUAGACAGAGGAUUUAAGGCAACGGGAGUCAGUACUUACCUUGAGAUCUCAGUUGGUCCACCCCAAAGUAGGACGCUCGUGUAUGACAUCCCAAGCGUACACCAUUUUAUUAACUGUAACCACAAUUUCCCCCAAACCCAACCCCCUAACCAAGUGUUUACUUCGCUUAACCUUAAAGCGCCCAUAUUCUGCUCAUUUUUAGGUUCAUAAUUGUAUUUUAAGGUUGUACCUGAAUAGGUUUCCGUGGUUUCAUUUUCAAAAAACACCAUUUUUUUGUUGUACUUCACAUUGCUGCAGAUCCUGUUUCCACCCUGUUUGUUUAGGUCUCUGUUUUAGCUCCUAAGUGAUACAUCUCACUUCUAUCCUAUCUUUGUUGGGAGCUGCACAUGCUCAGUAGCUCGGUAAGAUUCCAUCAGCUAGAUAACUCUUUCUCCAGCUUUGGUCAGUCCAAGGCAGGAUCAGCUGGGAGACUUCUUCUAGACCAGGGCCACCUGUGGACUACUUUCAGAACAGGGACAGGAAGUAGUUAUUUUGGAGAUUAUGGUAGUGGCUGUUGGAGCAGUGGUUUGCCAUUGAGAACGAGCUAGUAUGCUACGGUUAGCCACCCUUCACCUCGAAUGUAUUCUGAGGUGUUGCCCCCAUGUACAAAAUGAUGUCACAUGGCCAACGUUCCUUGGAAACUGAACUCUCUUGCCGACAAAUGACUAAACGCCUUUAAUUAAAUUGAGAUUAUUUUGUCAAAGAAUUUAUGAUGUCUUAUUUGAUGUUUGGGAAUCUAAGGUAUUUUGGGAACGGUGUAACAUCUGUGGACAGGCUCUUGCUGUUUUGUACUGUACAUUUCUUCCUUCAGUUUGUAAAAUCUAUGUUUGUUCCUGUUGUGUUAAGUCCGCUGUUGUCAAUCAGAGUCAGUCUUUGUAUAUCUGCACUGAUCAGAAGUAAGCACAAGACUAAAUGUCAGUUUCGGUGGACUCUUCUUGUUGGUGAUUUGUGAUUACUCCAGUCCUUCAGAGUCAAUGUUGUUUACUGUUAAUUGUUGCCAUUUGCCUUCACUUGAUUUCAUUUGUACCAGACCCUUUCAAGGGGAGGAAAGAGUUCUCAAAGUUCGGGAUGGUACAUUAUAAGAUCAUCUCAGUCGUGACAAAUCAACACAACCGUCCCUCUUCAAGCCAAGCUGCCAGUGCAUGCAUCGUUUCCCUUUAAUAACACUGUACAGUAAUGUUCCCGGCAGUGGGUGAAAAGAAAAUUGAUGUUGUUAUUUCCCAAAUGGCUUAUUUUCCAUCACAGCCGCUGGAACAUAGGACCAGAGAAAUCCAAUGAAAACCACAUGAAAGACCAGAUUGAUAUGUAAUUGUACAGGGAAAAAAACUAACAAAAAAAAAAAUCUAAUUUUAUAAAUACUAACUACUUUAAAUAAUAACCUAAAUGCAUCCUGCACAUGAUUGGUGACAUGUUGGCUAUUGGGUGUUAAUGAUAUCUUGUGAAAUUUCCUUCUCUGUUCAUGUUUUAAUUGUUUGUUACAGAAUUUGUACAAUAAUGGUUGUUAAAAUGACGUCUUAGGGGAUAUGCAAUGAUUAUAUGUUGGUAGAAAACACUAGGAUCACAUGUAAAUAGGAACGUUGAUGUUGUGUGAAAUACUUGAAAUCCCUUUAAUUAGUUGUUCUUGAAUGUGUUAAAUUCCUUAGCCUUGUCUUGUAGAGGCAACAUCACACUCCUCAUGACAAGAUCAGGAUAGGCUAUGACAUGCAUUUCCAAUGUAAUGAAGCAGAGUGUAGCCAAGGACCCGAGAGUUUUUCUAAGUGCCUGAAUACUUCUCUCCUCAUUUUAUUUUUUUAUUUAGGUCUUCUUUCUCCACCUUUGGUCUUCGUUCUGACAUGAGCCCCUCUUAGUUUAGGGUUCUCACUGUUUAGUGGAUUUGUCAAUUUAGCUUUAUUUAGCAAGUUAAAACUGAAUCAACCAUGCUGAUGUAAAGAGCUGUUAUACUGUACCAUAUCACAGUUUUCCGUGCACAGACAGUGUGUGAUAGACUAACCCACAGUUGAGAAUGAAAAUGUGAGCACUGACUAUCAUGGUGGUGUUGUAAUGGCAUGACAUACAGAACAUGAAAUAAAGGAGGUAUGCAUUGGUU